ACUAAUUUUCCUUUAUAAUAAAGAGAAAACUUUGCCAAAAAUAACUGAGUAUGUAACGAUUACAGUUAUUUUUACUGUGGUAGCAGAUGCUGGGAGUCUACUAAGGCAACUCCGAAACAAGCUCUAUAAAUAGCAGCUUAUUGUCAGUGUUUGUGAAAAGACAAGAAGGUUUUGCUGUGUGAUUCAGACUAAAGUGAGUGGUGAAGUUCUGCUAGGACUAUACACUAAAAAAAUAGCUUCAACUGGAAAGCCAGUCAGCAGGCAACAAAGAUCCUGCCCUGAGACAGGCUGUUGGGAGCUCUUUCUGGCUCCAUCAUGGAAAGAAUCAUCAUAAGGCACCCGAUAGAAACGCCAGUACGCUACCAGGAGGAAUUUGAAGCCCGGGGCCUUGAAGACUGCAGGCUGGAUCACAGUUUGUAUGCACUGCCAGGCCCAGCCACGGAGGACCUGAGGAAGACCAGGUCAGUCCAGAAUCUGCUACUCACCCCAGAAGCUGAGAAGCAACCAGAGGGCAACAGCAAACCUCUUUUUCAGGUCUUGGUGGAUGUGGUGCAGUUCCUCCCUGAAGAUGUCAUCAUCCAGACUUUUGAAGGCUGGCUUCUGAUCAAGGCUCAACACGGUCCCAGAAUGGACGAGCAUGGAUUUGUCUCAAGGAGCUUCACCCGGCAAUAUAAGCUACCAGAUGGCGUUGAAACUAAAGACCUAUCGGCGCUCUUCUGUCAUGAUGGCAUUUUGGUAGUGGAAGUGAAAGAUCAUGGAAGGGUUAACUGAACUUCUGCCAGUUGCUGUUAAUAAGAUAGUAUGUGCCUUAUGUGGUCUGACAGCUCUGUGUAAUGAGAGCUUGCAUGCAUGUGGCCCCCUUGGCUGCAUUUACAGUGGAGAUUAAAAAAAAUUUGAAUAUA